GCGUUCGAAGCGAUUGUAUCUAACCUCAUACACGGAGGCUUUCCGAUAUCAACGGAACUUAUGUUCAAACAAUGGUGAUACUGGCAUGUUCUUGUGAUUUUGUCUAUGGUGUUACAUAGUUCUUUUUUUAUAAACUGUUAUUUCUGUGUUUGAAUUUGGAGUGCGUUUCUGUUAAAAGGAAAUUGAAGAGAAGCCAUAGAAAGACCAAGCAGUGAAGUAUGAAGCUGGUACAAGUGAUAUCAAGAAAAUGAACGAAGAUGACACAUCAAAUAUUACACAGACGCUGACGAAUUUAUUCGAAGAGAUGUUACUAGAGACAGAAAUGUCCGGUGAGAACCGGAGUAGUCUGGAUUUUGCGCAGUUCUUAUCAGCUUUGAGGGUGCAGAAUACAAAGAACAGUUCAGUUGAGACUUUCGAUUUUGGCACGCUGGUGAAGAUAGUGGAUGGAUGGAGGUCCCGGUGGAACCUGACGAGGCCUAUAGAACCAGCAUGCACGUACUGCGAAGGGAACUUUAGAGACAUCAUCCUCGCUUACAACAGCAUCCAUGGCUACCUCAGCCUCAUUGUAUGUUUCUUCGGGAGCCUGGCGAAUGCACUGAAUGUAGCUGUGCUGACGCGACGAGACCUGGCUGCUGCUCCCAUCAAUAGACUGCUGAAGUGGCUGGCGGUGGCUGAUGUCUUCGUCAUGCUGGAGUACGUGCCCUUCGCUAUUUAUAGAUAUUUGAUAUUACCAGGCCAGCGCGAGAUGCCGUACAAGUGGGCAGCCUACCUUCUGUUCCACAUGCACUUCGCCCAGAUCUUCCACACAGCAUCCAUAUGUCUCACGUUGUCGCUAGCAGUAUGGAGAUAUGUUGCUAUCAAAUACUCGGAUAAAAACCACAUCCUAUGCACAGAGAGGCGAUGUAGUACGGCAAUACUCAGUAGCUUCAUACUACCACCUAUACUUUGUAUACCUACUUACAUGGUAUUCGACAUCCACACUGCAGUAGUCCUGGAGCCGUCAGGUCCCAUGAUUCUCUACCACGUGGACUCCGACGAAGAAGGCCAGCUAUACCAGAUCAAUUUCUGGGUCCACGCCGUCGUCAUUAAACUGCUACCAUGCUGCAUACUAACAGUCAUCAGCUUAUGGCUGAUCAGAGAAGUAUACAGCGCAAACCAGCACCAGAAGAAAAUAAGGGUUUAUAACAAAUGUCCAACCAAUAAUAAAGCAGUUAAAAGACAGUACAAGGCUGAUAGAAGAACGAAUAGAACGACAAAGAUGUUAGUCGCAGUCUUACUCCUGUUCCUUGUGACAGAACUGCCUCAAGGGAUAUUGGGGUUGCUGAGUGGUCUACUUGGAAGGUGCUUCUUCAAACGAUGCUAUGAUCUAUUUGGAGAGCUGAUGGAUGCUCUAGCGCUGCUGAAUGGGGCGAUCAACUUCGUGCUGUACUGCUCCAUGUCACGACAGUUCCGAAUGACGUUUGGGCAGAUGAUGUGGCGAGCGCAUUUACACCGCUGGCCUCCACCGACCGGCUCGCAAUCCGAUGGACAAAACACGGCAAAAUCGUCGAUUCCUUGAGGAAGGUUUGUACAAGAGAAACAUGCGAAUGUUUUGCAGCAUUUCCUGUAAAUAUAUUUAGGAUAAGGCCAUAUUUAAUAACGAAUUAUAUUGUAAUUGUAACUUUAAAUUAUUAGGCCAUCAAGUACCCUGGAUUUAGCUUGUUACUUUCUAAGAAUUUAGUUUUGUAUUUCAAGCAUUUAAUUUAAAUACACAAUUUUAGAUAGUUAUUUUAAUUAUUGGCAUUAGGUAUACACAAACUUGUAAUCAUAAAAUAAUUUAUGAAAGGAAACUUGUCUGAAUAAAUAUUAUGUUUUUACUAUGAUUUUCGUCCAUUUAAAUCAACAUUUGAUAUAGACGAAUCUGUAUCACAUAAACCACAAGGCCUCCUCAUUGCUAAACAUAGGCCUCCCCCAAUGACUUUCAGAUAGGCGAAUGAUAAUAUAUAAUUAUGUAUAAAUAUGUAUGUAGGUAUUAAUGUUAUAUAUCGUUAGGGAAUAAACAGUGAGUAAAGUUCCCUAAGAAAAGGAGGAUCCUCCGACCAGGCGAGAAGAUCGUACCGUAACAAUUGACUAUAACAAAUAAAAAAAAACAUUUGUUUUAUUUGCUCGUCGAUCGUAUAAGUGUGACUUCUGUCAUCUAUCACUUGUCAUACAAACAUUAUCUGUAUCAAAGGUUAAUUUAAAUGGACGAACAACAUCAUCAAAAUGCAUUUCAUAUUUUAGCUCUACAAUUAACGUGAUAUCGUAAUGUAUUAUUCCAACUGAUAAAUUUGCAAUCAGAUUGUUUAUUUUUAUAUAAAAAUAUAUUAUAAUUGUUUAUAUGGUUUAAUUCUAUCUUGAGAUUAUUUUGCUUGUCAAUACGCUAAUGUUUAAUUGUACAUAAUAUUAUUAAAGGUAUUCAUAUAGAAUUAAGGAGUUCUGUAUAUUUUUACGAAAUGUUAUUAUAAUGAUUGAUCAUACAAUUUAAAUAAAUCUAGUCCUUAUCCCACUCACUUUAUAGCAUAGUAUUAAGCCACUUAAAAAUAUAAUAUGGUUUUUAUUUGUUAAUCUUUUAAUAAAGGUUACCCAAUUAUAUUACAUCGCCUAAGUUAUUUGGUAAAGAGAUAAGAAUUUAGUAGUAGUAGUCCAAGUGUGCACUGCUUUGGUCUACUUAUAUGCUGGCUUGACCGACCACGGCCUCGAAGAAAACCGACGUGGAACAACGCUUGCGUUGUGUUUCGUCACAUAAGGGUUACCGGAGGCCCAAUUAUCUCAAUUAGCCUCCCCAAAUCUCCGACAAUCCUCAAUUCCUAUCACCGCAAAAGGCCAGCAACGCUCUUAUAUGCUUCUGGUGUUUCAAGUGUCUAUAGGCAACACCGAUUCCUUACCAUCAGGUGAUCUGAAUGCACGUAUUCCGGCUUAUCUCAUAAAAAAUUGCCCUUAUUAUUAUAUGUUUAUUUAAAAGCAAAGAAGCUCAAUCUGGUUAGUAACAAUCUUCCUUAAACCUAUGUUAGUACUAAACCUAAAUCAAAACAAAAUUAUUUCAAAUUACUUAGGUGACUGUAUUCUUAAAAACUGUUAAAAAGUAAAAGCAACAAUGUAUAACUGCCGUACUCAAAGACAUUUAAUGAUUACUUAAACUAUUCCUAAGUAUCUAAUGAUUUUGUGUCGAAAACAAUUGCUAAGAACUGAGUUAAGAAACCAGUAUGGCUCUGAAUAUGGCGGUAAGUCAAAAUCUUAAAGACUAAGAAAAAGGCACGAACGGACAAUCUAAGCGAUGUCAAGAAGUUUGUUUUGUAACAACAAAACAACGUCUGAUAAAUGGUAAAGUCUAAGGUUUCCUUAGACUUGGGAUACUGCAAUAUAACCCUUAUUGCUUACAAAAUAAGAUGUCGACUACUAUACUGAGUGGCUUUGAAAUAAAUUCAUACAUGUGAAUAUCAUCAUGACAAAAUAGCGUACAGAGUAUUAGACAUAACACACUUAACAAGUACUCCAACCCGGCAAUUAAAUUGUUAUUUAAAUUUGAACUUUAAAUCGUAUGUCGUUUGAUAUAUUUAACAACGUCAAUACAAAACGGUUGUAAGCGCGCUGCCCGUGCGCUUGCAGCAUUUUUGUAUUGUUUCCAAAACAAACAAUGCCCUACAACCGAGCCGGAGCCGUAGUUGUUAACAGUGUUAUGACCUUAACUGCAACACUCAGAGACGUUAAAUGAUUACUUAAACUAUUAAUUAGUUACAAAUUUGUGUCGAAAACAAUUGCUAAGGACUGGGAUAAGUAAUCAAUAAAUACCUCUGAGUACGGCGGUAUUUCAUUUAGGGUAUGUUACAUAAGGUCUACUUUUUUAAAACAUGCGCUCAAACUAUAUUAACGGAAAAACGUGCUGUUUAUUUUUCAAAUACCAAUAACUCAAGCACAUAACAAUUUACACAUUAGGCAUACUUUAUAGAAUCAUACAUUCAAAUUCACAACACAGUCAUUAAUAGCAUUCCUGGGCUUAAUAAAUGUACGUUCUUGUGAUACAUAUAAACACACAUAGGUAUAAUUAUAUACUAUGUAUCUGUAUACAGUCAUCUGUGGCUAACUUAAUUGCUUACAUAGUACAUAGAUAGAUUGCUAAUUGGUCUACGUAUUGUCGUGUAGACAUUGCUUGAGUUUCUGCUGUGAAUUACUUGUUGUAUACAAUGUAAAUAAGCUGUGUAAUGCUUAAGUGCUGAUGUUUGUUAAAUUAGAAGAUAUUUUUUUCGGCUGGAAAAUGUUUUAAAAGGAGAAAAGUAUGAUUUUUGUAGAAGUAACUUAAAAGAACUGUUUGAAAUAUUUAAGUCAUAACGAUUGUUUUGUAUUAAACCAUUAGAACUUACAGUGUUACAUAUUUUCCAAUUUUUUGCAUUUUUCAUCUCCAAAAAAAGGUUACAGUAUCGAUUAGUCUUAAAAUACUAUUAUUUAAUAACAACAUUGCCAUGACAAACACAGACACUAAUACAUAAUUAUAAAGUAUACAGUAGUUACCACUUACGUUACAAUGUCCCACACUGGGCGCCAUUAACUGAAUUGGCGCCCAACGUGGGACACAACCAAAGAACACUUUCAACGCAAAGAUCUGUCUUAGUUCUGUUAAAAAAUAAUAGAUGGCGCAGAUACUUAAAGGAGCCGUUUUGUAAAAUAUUUUUGUAGACUGAUGUUUUACCAAAGAUUUGUUGUGUCUUGUAUAAUGUUUUAUUUGUUAAUAGGAUAUUUACUUUACUUUACUUUUCUUUGUAAUUUACACACCCCUCUGAAUAAUUGGCUUUAUGCUA